AUGUCUUCGAUCGACCUGAAUGGUAUUGAGCCGUUCAACGCACAUGGUGACCCAGGUCAUUUACAGCAGGAAUGGAAGCGAUGGCUUCGUAGUUUCGAUUUAUUUGCCACUGGCAAGGGUGUAACAGACAAGAAACAGUUGAAAGCGUUAUUACUACACUGUGCAGGUGUACCAGUUCAAGACAUCUAUUUCACGCUAACAGAGGCGGAGGGAGGUGAUGAGUAUGCUGUAGCGGUAGCCACACUGAGUAAACAUUUUGAAACAAAAAUAAACGUGCCAUACGAACGGUAUGUAUUUCGGUCAAUGUGUCAGGAAGACGAGUCUAUCGAACAAUUCAUCACCAGACUCAGAAGACAAGCAGUUCUUUGUGAAUUUGGGAACAUUGAGGAACAAAUAAGGGAUCAAAUAAUAGAAAAAUGUAAAUCUCAUAAACUUAGAACCAAAUGUCUGGAAAAGGGGAAGGAAUUGACACUUGAUCAAUUACGCACAAUCGCGGCUACAAUGGAAAUGGCAGAUGUCCAGGCUAAGAAAAUGGAGUCUCCUCUAAGCUCAGUCAAUCAGAUAAACUUUGUGAAACAAAAGGACACAAAACGGUCAACAAGUAGUAGCACAAAGGCUUUAUGUUUUCGAUGUGGACGUGAAGGUCAUUUCGCGAAAGACUCAGGCUGUCCAGCGAAAAACAAAAAGUGCAAUAAGUGUGGUAAGAUGGGGCAUUUUCGUGCAUGCUGUAAAACAAAGGAACCACGUUGCCUAAAGGCAGAGAGGUCAACAUUGUCAAAGGUCAAAGGUAAAGUGAACUGUGUAGAGUCAGAGGCAGAGUAUGCAUUUAGUGUACAACACACAGAUGCAGACAGACUUUCGUUCAUGGUUGGUGGUCACAAAGUUGAUAUGGUUGUGGAUAGUGGAGCGACAGUCAAUAUCAUUGACAAGCCUACAUGGGAGGACUUAAAGAAAAGAAAGAUUGUGUGUCGUUCAGAGAAAACUGACAAACGGCUGUAUUCAUAUGGAGCAGAUAAACCUUUAUCGUUACUUGGCAAAUUUAUUACUACGGUGUCUGUUGACGGAAGUGAUGAUGAAAUUGAGGCUGCCUUUUAUGUACUUGAUGGCACAGGUUCGGCUUUAUUAGGGAGGGCUACGGCAGUAGAUCUCGGAGUGCUGAAAAUUGGAGUCUACUCAGUCCAUGAUGAUAUAUUGGAUAAGUACAAGUCAUGUUUUGGAGGAAUUGGGAAGCUGAAUGACUUCAAAUUGAAGCUUCAUAUUGAUCCAUCUGUAAAACCGGUGGCACAACCUAUGUAUAGGAUUCCUUACAGUCUACGAGAGAAAGUCGGUGCUAAACUUGAUGAACUUGAGGAUCAGGACAUUAUCGAGAAGGUGAAUGACCCAACCCCGUGGGUUAGCCCGGUAAUAGUUGUCCCAAAACCUAAUGGCGAUAUCAGGAUAUGUGUGGAUAUGAGACAGGCUAAUCAAGCUAUAGUCCGUGAGAGACACCCAAUACCCACUGUGGACGAGAUACUGUACAAUAUGAAUGGGAGUACAGUGUUCAGCAAAUUAGAUAUGAAGUAUGGAUAUCACCAGAUAGAAUUAGAAGAUUCAUCAAGGGAGAUAACUACAUUUGUGACGCAUCAAGGAUUAUACAGGUAUAAGCGGCUGAUGUUUGGUAUCAGUUCAGCACCAGAGAAGUAUCAACAAAUCAUAUCACAGACAUUUCAUGAUUGUGAAGGGGUUCAGAAUAUAUCCGAUGAUAUUGUGGUUCAUGGCAGGGAUAAACAUGAACAUGAUCAAAGGCUAGAGAAAGCAUUGUGUAGACUGCAGGAAAAGAACUUAACUCUGAACAAGGAGAAAUGCGAGUGGGGAAUGGACAAGAUCACAUUUAUGGGUCAUGUAUUGUCAAAAAAUGGAAUCGCGCCGACAUCCGAUCGUUCAAAGGCCAUUAUUGAGGCUCAGAGGCCACAAAGUGCAUCUGAGGUGAGAAGCUUUUUAGGCAUUGUCAACUUUAGUGCUCGCUAUAUUCCAAACUUGGCUACAUUGUCUGAACCCUUGAGACGACUUACCAAGUCCAGUGUAAAGUUUUUGUGGGGACAGGAACAGGAGGAUUGUUUUCGAGCAUUAAAGGAAAGCCUUGUGAACGCAGAUACAUUGGGACAUUUCCGAUUAGACGCAACAAAAACACAACUUGUGACUGACGCGAGUGAUGUAGGUUUAGGGGCUGUACUCGUUCAGGAAUCUGAAGGCGAGACCAAAGUUAUCAGCUAUGCUAGUCGUACACUGACUGAUGUUGAAAGAAGGUACUCAACCACAGAAAAGGAGGCCUUAGCAGUGGUUUGGGCAUGUGGAAAGUUCCACAUAUACCUGUAUGGCAUUGAUUUUGAGCUGGUGACAGACCACAAACCAUUGGAAAUACUGUAUGGUCCAAAAUCCAAACCUAACGCGCGUAUUGAACGGUGGGUUAUGAGACUGAUGCCCUACAAUUUUCGUAUUAGGUAUCAACCUGGUAAACAGAACAUUGCUGACGCAUUGUCGCGACUUGUGAAAAGGAAACACAGUGGUGUAACAGAUCUACAAACAGAAACAGAGCAUUAUGUCAGAGCUGUGGCAGAGAGAAGCACCCCAAAAGCAAUGACAACUCGUGAGGUGGAGGAAAAAUCCAAGUCUGAUCCCGAGCUAACACUGGUGAGAAAGGCUUUAUCUGCAGACCAGUGGGAAAAGGAAUGUGUAAAGUAUUAUGCGGUAAAAGAUGAACUGUCCCAGAUAGGGUACCUGCUGUUACGUGGAACACGAUUGGUUAACCAGCAGUGUUACGAACAGAAUGUAUUAAAUUAG